UUGGUCUAUUUGUCAUUCAUGCCAUGUUACCUGGCUAGUCUCUAGCAGGAUAGCCUUCUAAAAAGUUUUCAGAUUUUUUUUAUGUUGUCUGGUCUGCCUUUCAGCCGAACCAUUCAAGUGAUGUCAUUGAUGACACAUUAUCAAAAUGGCGGCGCACAGUAGUCAGAUGAGGCCAUUUUCAAACGUUUUAACAUAAAUAUGUCACGUUGGCAUAAAUGGUCGGGAGACAGGCGCAGGAAUGCGUAAUAGGUUUUUUUAUUUACCCAAAUUACAGCGUGCCGUGUAAAGGCACGGGGACGAAGACCAAACAAACAAGUAUCCAAAACACAGGGUAGAAACCCAAACAAAAGAGCAAGGAGAAACUCGAAUAAAUACACAAGCGCACAAUGAUUAUCACACGGGACGAGACCCGUAAUCAUCUGCGCAAUAUACGUGGCACAAAAGCCAAAACAACAUAGCACAGGUACUCACCAGACCAGCGGACAUUGUAACAAUAAUCGACAGGACAAUGGUGAACAAAGGACACACUUCUACAAUUACUAAUGAAUGGGAAUAGGGACCAGGUGUGCGUAAUGACAGUUCCGGAGGGAUCCGUGUCCAAAUAUGAGUUUUUCAGCUGUUUUAAGAGUAGGAACAUUAUCACAUUUGGUUAUCAAAAUCACGUUAACUUACAUAAAUGUUUCAGUUCAUCUUUAACAUGAGCUUCUUACUUCAUCCUAACACCAGAGGCCUUUAACAUUACUGCAAUAUUAUUAAUAGAAGUCUCUGCUGGCAGCUAGCCACCUGACUAAGCGACUAUUUACCAGUUGUGCACUAGUUUUUCUUUGUUUGGGGGAUGUCUGGAGACACAGUCGGAGUCGCGGACACCUUAUAUCUGGCAUCUCGCCAACCCACUAGUCUAGUCUGUCGGCGCCAUUAGUCUGCUGAGCCCAGCUCCGAGCUGGUGUAGUUUGUUUUCGCAGGUGCUGCGACUCGCGAGAGGGCCGUUUGAGAGAGUGGACAACUAUUCUAAGGAGCAAACAACUAUUCAUGAUUCCACUCGUUCGCAAAGAGGCAGGCGCGAUUACAACUCAAGAAGAUCAACAAUAUAAUCGUUUUGAGCUUUGAUCAACACUGGGAACGUAAUAAUAUGUGUGUAAACGCUCAUUAACAAAAUAAAAAGGUUAAAAGAGAAACAAAAGAACAAUCCCUGAAGAAAACAACUGCAACAGUAAUGCCAUCCAACAAGUAUUCUUCAGCUGUCAUGGUGGAAAGUGACAAGAUGACGGCAACCGCUGAGGUGAAUGGGGACAUGGCUGCAGCCGACGACAGUGGCAUGGAGAUGACCAAGGAGAACAGCCCGCUCACCCUGGCCGAACCGCACUCCCCGUUCAGCCCCAAGCAGAAUGGAGAUGCUGCCUCACCUGCAGACUCAGAUGUGAAUCAGUUGUCAGGCAGCAGAAAGAGAACUAGGAAGAGGUCCUCAGAGGAGGAGUGCAGCUGGGACUCUACCUACAGUGAGCAGAAGGCCAAGGUGGCAGGGGUGGGGGCCUCGGAGUCGGGCUCGGGCCUGAGACAGAGACCUUCUCCCAGGACCAUCUUCCAGGCCGGUCUGCUGGCCCCUCACAACAAACCGCGCAGCCGCGAGCAGAGAGGAGGAGGAUGCCAGAGCAAGCUGGAGCACCACAGCAGCUCUCUGAGCCUGGCCUGCGGUGGCGGCCCCGGGCCCCUGGUGUCCGUGGUCCCUGAGGGCCCCUCCCUGGAGCUCCUGGAGCAGGACUCUAAGGACUCGGCCCGGAGCACCUCCACCUCCUCCACCUCCCUGAUCUCCCAUACCACAGAGAUUGCCUGCCAGCCGGAGUACAAGGACAACAAGGGUUUCUCUAUUGGGGAGCUAGUGUGGGGGAAGAUUAAGGGGUUCUCCUGGUGGCCAGGCAUCGUGGUCACCUGGCGCGCUACGGGCAAACGACAGGCUACGCAUGGCAUGAGGUGGCUGCAGUGGUUCGGCGACGGCAAGUUCUCUGAGGUGUCUGCUGACAAGCUGGACUCCAUCACUGCUUUCCCCAAGUUCUUCAACCAGGCCUCCUACGCCAAGCUGACAUCCUACCGCAGGGCCAUCUUCCAGGCGCUGGAGAUGGCAAGUCUGCGUGCUGAGAAGACGUUCCCUCAGUGUGAAUCAGAGGGGCCAGAGGACCAAGUCAAGCCCAUGCUGGACUGGGCCAUCGGGGGCUUCCUGCCUAAGGGCCAAGAAGGUCUCAAACCCACAGACAACCCUGAUAGCAACACGUUGAACCACCAGGUUUUGGACGUCAGUCUGCCAGAGUAUUUCCCGACAGCCAAGAGGCCCCGCAUCAGCCUGUGUAAGGCCAAAAGCGGCCCAGAGGAGGUCUACAGUCGAGAACAAAUGGUGCAUGAAGUUUUGAAGAAUAACAGAAGUAUAGAAGACUUUUGCAUCUCUUGCGGGAAGACAAGAGUGGCAACCUUCCACCCACUUUUUGAAGGAGGCCUUUGCCAAGCAUGCAAGGACGUGUACCUGGAGAUCUCCUACAUGUAUGAUGACGACGGCUACCAAUCGUACUGCACGGUGUGCUGCGGGGGGCGCGAGGUGCUACUGUGUGGGAACGCCAACUGCUGCAGGUGUUUCUGUGUCGACUGUCUGGACAUGCUGGUGGGCGCAGGGGCGUCGAACAGUGCCCGUAACCUGGACCCGUGGCGCUGCUUCAUGUGCCAGCCCCUGCAGAACUACGGCGUGCUCAAACGACGCCACGACUGGAGCAUGAAGCUGCAGGAGUUCUUCGUCAACGACAACGGCCAGGAGUUUGAAAGCCCAAAGAUCUACCGGGCUGUCCCUGCAGAACAGAGGCGCCCCAUCCGCGUGCUCUCACUGUUCGAUGGCAUCGCCACUGGCUACUUAGUGCUACGAGACCUAGGAUUCAAAGUGGACCAUUAUAUUGCAUCAGAGGUGUGUGAAGAUUCCAUAUCGGUGGGGGUCGUCCGACAUGAAGGAAGAAUCCAGUAUGUGCACGAUGUGCGCAACAUCUCCAGGAAGAAUAUAGAAGAGUGGGGCCCAUUUGACCUGGUGAUCGGAGGAAGCCCCUGUAAUGACCUGUCUAUCGUCAACCCCGCCAGGAAGGGAUUGUACGAGGGCACAGGGAGGUUGUUCUUUGAGUUCUACCGUCUGCUGAGUGAGGCCAAGCCCAAGGAGGCCGAGGACCGCCCCUUCUUCUGGAUGUUCGAGAACGUGGUCGCCAUGGGCGUCAACGACAAGAGAGACAUCUCCCGUUUCCUCGAGUGCAAUCCAGUGAUGAUCGACGCCAUUGAGGUGUCUGCGGCUCACAGGGCUAGGUACUUCUGGGGCAACCUACCAGGGAUGAACAGGCCUCGGUGUGCAUCUGGAAUGGACAAGCUAGAGCUACAGGACUGUCUGGACCAUGGCCGUGUGGCUAAGUUUGGAAAGGUGCGCACCAUCACCACGCGCUCUAACUCCAUCAAGCAAGGCAAAGACCAGCACUUCCCCGUCAUGAUGAACGGCAAAGAGGACAUCCUGUGGUGCACCGAGUUGGAGAGGAUCUUUGGCUUCCCAGUCCACUACACAGAUGUGUCAAACAUGGGUCGCGGUGCCAGGCAGAAGCUGCUGGGCAGAUCCUGGAGCGUGCCCGUCAUCAGACACCUGUUUGCCCCACUGAAGGACUACUUUGCAUGUGAAUAAUUCCCUCCCUGAUCCAUCACUCGAUCCAUUCCACACCUCACCUUGACCUUCUCCAAUCAUGAGGCUGUGUAGGUAAUGGUAGGGGAGGGCCCCUCCUGGAAGAGCAGGAGGACACAAGACUGGGCAAGUACAAAUGAUGACUUUGCUCUCACCACUCUCCGUUCAGCCUAGGUGUUUUCAUCCAACACACUUGAAAAAUACCCUACAAUCAAAGAGUCAGACCUGCUUCUACUGAGCGAAACCAGCCCUGCCAUAGGGGAAUCAUUUGAGGGUCCGGCUCCUGUAGCCUUCCCUGUAGCAAAAGGCUGGGCUGAGUGUGGCAUGGAAAAUACCACUGAUCGUCAAUCAGAAGUGCCAAUGCCAAGUUAGACCAUCUUGUUAUCCGCUGGUAGCCAAAGUGUUAUUUUAGGGUUUUAAGGUUUUAAACACUGCUUUUAUUUUAUUUUUACUAAUGACUUCCCCUUAUGUUGUCUUUGACUGGUGUUGUUGGGAUCACCAUAUUUUUUUUUGUUGAUCAAACACAUUUUGAUGCCAUGCUGAUUUAUAUAUAAAUUCUUACAUUUAUAUAGAUCUCUUUAUGAAUGAGCAGAAUUUUUAUUUUUUCAUUUUUAUGUCAACAUAGUCAGGGUUGGGAAAUAUACAUGUUCUUCUCCCAAAUGCCAAUGGACUGAGGAAGAAUCCAUUCUCAGCCAUAUCCAAAUAUUAUUCUUUUUUAAAUACUGUAAAAUCAAUGCAAAGACAUGUAAAGACAUCUCAAUAUUGGACAUUUUAACAUUUGUCAUCUGCUACUGUUCUAAGAUAUCCAUAUUUUUUUAACUGGAAGUUUUUUUAUUUCACCAAAAAUAAGUGGGCAUUACCUCAUCAUCCAGGGCAUCUAAAAACACACCUUGGUCAUCUGUGCAAAAACAACAACAAAAACAAUUUACACUUAUUUUUUUAGUCACUGGAAUGUUUUAUAGAACUUUUAUACUUCAUUGUUAUACUGUAUAUAUGCAAAUGUUUACAGGAUUUAACAGUAUUUGAUUGGACUGGGAGUUUGACUGUCCUAAUGUCAUCUUAAAUUGAUCUUUUUAAAUCUGUGAAUUUCAGCAGUUGAUAACCCCCAGUAUGGGGCAUAGAUAUGCCUCACCUCACAUUAAAGUACUCUGGACUUCAGAUUGAAGUACAAUAUACACUUUUUGUCUACUUAUUUUGGCUACAUUUGUAGCCCUUUUUUGUUUUGGUAAUUGAAUGUGUACAGUUUGCUAUUCAGUUUUUUAAAUACUGGACAUGUAACAGAUUUUACAUAUCAUAUGUGCACAGUGGAGACCUGCCAGUUAUUUGUUUUUGAGUUGUCUGUACUCACUGAGUACUACUCAAUAAUACUCACUCAUUCAGGGUGCCUUUUAUCAGUAUGUUCAAAGAGCUACUUCAGUUACACACUGAUUGUAUGUCCAUGACAUACCAGCAGUUGCUUUACUUCAAUGGUCAUUUUUUACUAAGAUGCCAAAAUACAUAAAUCGUUUACAUGCUUUACCACUACUGUAUCGUUUAAAGUUUGCUGAAUGUCAUGCUUAUGAUUUUGAAUAUUCUAAAAGUUUUUUCUAUCAUUUUAUGACUACCUUUAAAAUGUUUCGUUUUAUAUACUCAGAUAUUCUGCUUACUUGUAACAGUAUCUGAAAUAGUUGCACAACAUACUGUAUAUAAGGCUUGCUUUACAUUUAUCAUUUCAUAGAGCAUUUUAGAACAUGAUUGUAAUCAAUAGGAUUUUUUUAUUGUCAGUGCAUGUUAGAUUUGCAACUUCGACAACUGUUAGAUGUGCUUGAUUUAUCUUUUGUGAAAAAUACUUUCUCCAAUAAUACUGUACUUUCAUUGUGUUUUCAAAAAAAACAUUUAUUAACCUUUUUUUAAAUCUACACUUGUGAUUUGAAGUGCAAGCAAUUCAAAAAGACCAGUCUGCUAUUUUUGCAUUUUUUGAAAAAGCAGCAAGAAAGUAUUUCUGUGUACUCAGUAUAUGUUACUUUUAUUCAAUAAAAAGCCUUCAUUCUAA